AUGCGAGUGCUCUAUUGGAAUAUCAAUGGGGUGGCGAAGGUGGAGGCUAGUUUGAAGUUGCAUGAGUUAGUUAAUGUUUUUAAGCCGGUUAUACUUUGUAUUGCUGAGCCGAAAAUUCCUUAUUCAUAUGGUGUUAUGUUGAGGCUUAAUUUAACCGGUUUUGUAAAAAAGACAGUUCAUAAUUCUUCUUCAAGUUCUAUAGGUAAUCUUUGGAUUCUUUGGAGUGAGGAUAUUGAAGAGCCAGUGGUGUUAAAUAUGACUAGACAGGCCAUUACGGUGAGAACUGAGGGGGUAUUCAUUUCUUUUGUUCACGCUAGUUAUUUUCAAGUUUUUAGAAGGAGGUUAUGGAGUCAGCUCUCUGCGGUGGAUUAUACAACUCCUUGGCUGGUUAUUGGUGACUUUAACUGUGUUCUUCGUAAUGAGGAGAAUAAAGGGGGUAGAGAAACUCUUACUUCUAGUAUUAAUGAAUUCAGUGAUUGGAUGGAGGAAAAUAGUCUUUUUGAGGCGGAUUCUUUGGGAUCUAAGUUCACUUGGACUAAUGGUCAAUCGGGGAAGAGAUUGAAGGUGGCUAUGAAGUUUUGGAAUCAGCAGGUGUUUGGCAAUGUCAAUGCACGACUGAAACAAGCUCAAUUGAAAUUAGAAGUAGCUAGUAGGAAUUCGGAUGAGGAUCCGUUUGAUACUUCUAAGCAGAAUGUGAUGAAAGAUGCGCUGGUGGAUGUCCAUGAGGUGCGUAUGCAGCAACAUAUUAUGUUAAAGCAAAAGUCUCGCAACAAAUGGAUUUUGGAGGGUUCUAGUAAUACUUCUUACUUCCAUAGUACUAUCAAGACCCGCAGAAGUGCCAAUACUAUUUCGAAGUUGGUGACAGAUGAUGGGUCUCUUAUCAAUGAGACGGACUAA